AGAGAAGACAGCAAAGUGUGCGUGGGCUUUCUCCACAGACUAUAUGGAAAUGUGGCGUCUACCCAUAAGGAGCUCACUCCUGCUCUGGUGGAGGAAAAGCUGUUCCAGGCCUGUUCUGUUGCCCAGGGGAAGGAGGCAAGGCUGUGUUACUACCUAGGAGCGAGCAGUGAUGCAGCCACCCGUGUCACAGCAUCCGUGUCCCAGCUUCUUGCCUCCCACAUCCCUGUUGACAAGAUAUGCCAGCGUCUCGGCAGCAGGGACAUGCAGAUCUGUCAGCUCAAAUAUGAGCCUGAGCCGAGACAGUUGAGCAGUGAAGGCCUGAAAAAGAUGAAGGUGUUGCAGCUGAGGAAUAUUUUAGCAUCCUGGGGAGAAGAGUGUCGAGGGUGCUUGGAGAAACAUGAGUUUGUCAGCCUCAUCCUGGAAAAAGCACCACUUCAGAAAGCGGAGCUGUGAACAAAAUCGAUACACCAAUGCAGAUCAGGGUCAAAAGGACUACAGUGGUAUGAAAAAGUCUCUGAACCUUUUGGAAUUUCUCACAUUUCUGCAUAAAAUCACCAUCAAAUGUGAUCUGAUCUUUGUCAAAAUCACACAGAUGAAAAAACAGUGUCUGCUUUAACUAAAACCACCCAAACAUUUAUAGGUUUUCAUAUUUUAAUGAGGAUAGCAUGCAAACAAUGACAGAAGGGGGAGGAAUAAAUAACUGAACCAUCACAUUUAAUAUUUUGUGCCCCCCCCCUCCCCCUUUGGCAGCAAUAACUUCAACCAGACGCUUCCUGUAGCUGCAGAUCAGUCUGGCACAUCGAUCAGGACUAAUCUUGGCCCAUUCUUCUUUACAAAACUGCUAUAGUUCAGUCAGAUUCCAGGGAUGUCUGGCAUGAAUCGCUGUCUUGAGGUCAUGCCACAGCAUCUCAAUGGGGUUCAAGUCUGGACUUUGACUUGGCCACUCCAGAACGUGUAUUUUGUUCUUCUGAAACCAUUCUGAAGUUGAUUUACUUCUGUGUUUUGGAUCAUUGUCUUGUUGCAGCAUCCAUCCUCUUUUUAGCUUCAACUGUCUGACAGACGGCCUCAGGUUUUCCUGCAAAACAUCCUGAUAAACUUUUGAAUUCAUUUUUCCAUGAAUGAUUGCAAGUUGUCCAGGCCCUGAGGCAGCAAAACAGCCCCAAACCAUGAUGCAUCCUCCACCAUGCUUCACGGUGGGGAUGAGGUGUUGAUGUUGGUGAGCUGUUCCAUUUUUCCUCCACACAUGACGUUGUGUGUUCCUCCCAAACAAUUCAACUUUGGUUUCAUCAGUCCACAAAAUAUUUGGCCAAAACUUCUGUGGAGUGUCCAAGUGCCUUUUUGCGAACAUUAAACAAGCAACAAUGUUUUUUUUAAGACAGCAGUGGCUUCCUCCGUGGAGUCCUCCCAUGAACACCAUUCUUGGCCAUUGUUUUACAUACUAUAGUUGAUGUGUGCACAGAGAUAUUGGACUGUGCCAGUGAUUUCUGUAAGUCUUUAGCAGACACUCUAGGGUUCUUUUUUACCUGAGUAUUCUGCGCUGAGCUUUUGGCAUCAUCUUUGGUGGACGGCCACUCCUUGGGAGAGAAUUAACAGUGCCAAACUCUCACCAUUUGUAGACAUCUUCUCUGACUGUCCAUUGAUGAACAUCCAGACUUUUAGAGAUGAUUUUGUAUCCUUUCCCAGCUUUAUGCAAAUCAAUAAUUCUUGAUCGCAGGUCUUCAGACAGCUCUUUUGAGCGAACCGUGGUGCACAUCAGACAAUGCUUCUCAUCAAGACAAUUCAAUUUAAGCCACUCAUCAGUGAUUGGGCACACACCUGACUUAAAUAGUUUGGUAAAAAUUGGUUUCAAUUGUCUCCUUUGGUAGAGGGUUCAGUUACUUAUUCCUCCCCCUUCUGUCAUUUUUUGCAUGCUAUCCUCAUUAAAAUAUGAAA